AUGGUGGCCAUUUUGGAUCUCCAGAAUAAACAGAAGCUAUUUUCCAUUUCAGGGGUUGGUGGUACCAGUCUAAGCACUGAACCUCAGAAACCCGAGUCCACCUUCGUGCAGGUCACAGGAGGCAGGACCCUCACUCUCAACUGUACCCUGACUCAGAUGGAUCUGCCAACAAGCGCAAGAUGGUACAAAGAAUCGAGCAACAACGUCUGGAAGUUAAUUUACAAGGAGAGUGACCAAAAUUCUCGCGGGGUGAGGCUCAUUCCAGGAUCAAGAACCGACUUCAGCAUCAGCCUCAGCAAUGUGGGCCCUAAGGAUAAUGGGACCUACCGCUGCCAAAUGAUCGAUAAAGUUCUCCAACUGGGACAAUCUAAUAUAAAGAAACAGGUUGCGGUCUACGUGAGAGUUCCUCCCACGGUGAGUCUUGAGACCAAUCCGCCUUCUCCCGUCCAGCUGAACGCCUCGGUGACGGUCACUUGCAAAGCAGAAUAUUUUUAUCCAAACGUAGCCAAAGUGGACUUGUUUUGCAAGAAUCCCAGCGGUAAAGGAAAGUCUACCGGGGCAACUUUUAAUUCAAACAGGACGUACUCCCGCCAGAGCUCCCUGAAGAUCACGGCCACCAAUAAUUGGAACUCCUCGCUGUUCACUUGUCUGGUUAAACAUAACUCGACAGUAUUUAAGGCUACAGCAAGUCUGGUUAUUACGACAGAACUGGGAGAAGGUCAACGAAAGAGGAUCACAGGACUUUGCGAUACAGCAACGGUCAUAAAUAUGAGUCGAGUUGCCAAAGAGCUUGGAUUUGGAUCCCGUGACUACGAGGAUGCUAUCACGGUCAUAAGCGUGAGCCGGGUCUUUUCCUCUCAGCGCCGUCGCCGCCACAAGCAAACCCACAAGCAAAAUGGCGGGAAAUGUCAACCGCCGCAAAGCGUCCUCCCGACUAACGGAGUAUGCCGUACCUUUGGCAGGGACCCCGAUGCCGCCUGUGGUGCGGAGAGCUGCGAAGGUGAAGGCGGUUAUACCGGCAAGCUGGGAAACCAGCUAUCAACUUGCAAAGUUUUCAAGUUGCCAUGA